GUUUCAUGCAUAUAAAUACAGACUCACAUUCCAUAGUCAAAGACACUUCAAUAUUAAACCCGUUCUAUAAUGAUUCAUCUAAAUAGUAUCUGGAAGGUUGACACGGGCAUAUCCUCGGAUCACAUUCAACCUGAUGUGAUAUCGAAGAAUGUCGAGGGGCUACCAAAAAAAGUGGUUAUGAGCUGGAUUGUGACCGUGGCACUAGUACUUAUAAGUGCUAUAGGCUUUGCAAUUUUUGCCGAGUCGCCAUGUAUGCUAGCAGACUCUACAGAAUGUGAGGAAGCGGAGGAGAGCAUGUCAUAUUGGCAACUAAUGAUGUCUGGUGUUGAGAAUAUCCCUUUGAUUGGAUUGGUUGUCUACACCUUUGCCUUUCCAUGUGUAUGCAUCACACUCAUGUACGCUUUAAGAUUCACACUAGUCCUGUGCUCACCUCGUAAUCAGACUAUGGUGGCAGUCGGCCUAGCACUCAUUGCGAUAUCACUUGGAACGGCAGCCUUUCUCGUGUGGGGAGAUGUGUGGAAUGAAACCAAAGAAGGAUUUAUCGUAGCUAAUGCAUGGGGCAUGUUUGCACUGUCCAUAUGUCUGGCAGCAACUUUAAUGAUGAUAGCCUGCCGGAGGUUGGUGUCCAAGUGGCAGCGUCCGAUACCGAGCUGGACUAUCAGUAUCGCGUUCACCUUUUUUUUCAUUCCGCUGUGCUUUUUGAUCACCGUGCUCUUUCCACAAGCCAAGUGGAAUGUUGCUAAUGGUUUUAUACGCAGUAAAGACGUCAAGACCAAUGAUGGUUGGAGUUUUGGACCUGAGGAUUAUAAGUUUUCAAUAUACACAGAGGUCUUAGUUCUCUACCUCACAAUCUUCACUACUUGUCUCGCGAUGGCCUUGGCCAAGGAGUACCGCGCUUCCAGAUUGAUACUCAAGAGAGCUCUGCGACUUCGUUCGUUCCGAACGACGUUAGGGUCUUCAAUAGCUGUUUUAGUGUAUUUGGCCCUAAAUGUGGGCUGGACGUAUCGCUUCAGUGUUGAUAGCACAUCGGGGAAAACGGUAACGAAGUGCUAUGACACAGAUAUGUGCAGUAAGAUUAAUGCCGUUGCGCACGUGGCAGCCAACCUUGCAAAUCUGCAAAUCUCGCUGCUGACUCUACCUAUAGGCCGCACCAAUGUAUUUGGCAAAAUAAUGGGCGUAUCCUGGGAGGCUAGUAUCAAGUGGCAUCGAUUUACCGGAUAUUUGUUCCUUCUCUUUUCGACAAUCCACGGCGCCUUGUGGAUGGUUCAAUGGGCCAUGCGGUCUGACUUCACCGGCACUCCCGAAUACAUGAAGAAAGAUUUAACCAAUCCGAUGAUCUUCCUGGUUCAGUGCGUCAUGUUGGUGGUCUUCGGUGUGCUUACGCUACCAUUCUUCCGUCGGAGAUUUUACGAGUGGUUCUUCGUAUCCCAUCACUUCUACGUAGUUGUUUUUGUCACUGUCGUCUGGCACGCCGGUCGACUUUGGCAACUCCUCCUACCCGCAAUUGGCCUAGUGGUUAUUGAUCAGGCAAUUCGUUUGUACAGAUGCACAAGGGAUGUGGGGCAGUCGAAGAUAACUGUAUAUGGAGAUAAAUUCGUUCGUCUCGACGUUUCUGACCUACAAGGGAAGACAAUUGGUUUCACAACGAUGCAAUUCGCGUAUAUCAACAUCCCAGCAAUUUCCACCACUCAGUGGCACCCUAUAACGAUAGGAAGCAGCCCCGCAGAGGAUAGAAUCACUUUCUACAUCAAGUCUCUGGGUCAUUGGUCGAGCUCUUUAACAAAGCUGGGUGGCGAGAGCCCAUUGGUUCACCUGGACUUCGGCUAUGGAACACCUCCUGUUUUCAACGAUUUUGAGAACAUCACGUUCGUUUGUGGCGGAGUCGGGUUCACAGCGUGCAUGGGUUUCAUGCGAAGUUUGAUCUAUGAACCUGAAUUGUAUCCCAAUGUGAAGCGGGUGCAAAUUAUAUUGAGUAUGAGGGAGAAGACAGUGUUGCGUAUGGCGGAAGAUACUCUGACGCUACUAAUGAACAACAAGAAUGACGUUGCAAGCACUGUACAAAUAUUCUUAACCGGACAGGGUCCCGAAGAACCGGAGGACGAGCUUGACGAGCAUAUCUUUUCACGGACGAAAUUUUCAUCGACUGAAUUCGAUCACGAGAUGAAAGAAGAAAAGCCGCCCCAGAAACCCGAAUUCGAUUUCGAGAUGAAUGAAGAAAAGCUACCCCAGAAACCCGAAUUCGAUUUCGAGAUGAAUGAAGAAAAGCUACCCCAGAAACCCGAAUUCGAUUUCGAGAUGAAUGAAGAAAAGCUACCCCAGAAAUCCGAGAUUCAAAAAGUGAACGACUUCGAUCAAAACAAUUGGUCGAUUGAGCAAGGACGUCCAAACUUGGAAAAUAUCAUUUUCGGUGAUUUGGUGUUAGCGUGUGGCACGCAAAAGCUUAUUGAGAGUGCUCGAAUUGUAGCUGAUAACAAGGGGGCUGUUUUCCACAAGGAAAGGUUUAUUUUCUGAUGUAUAUUUUUACCCAUUGGUGUAUUCUGUACAAUAAAUAACCCUCCUUUAC